AUGUCAUGGACUACGAACACGACCGCGCCGCAGGUCCAGACCACACCUUCUUCAUCCGCGAUUGAUGCUGCCACCUCCAGUUCAUUUACGAUGGCGGCAAAGACGCGCAACUGCAGUAGCUCGCUCGUCCCUCUGCAGCGUCUCGAGUGCGUUCGAGUGUCGAGAAACAUCCGUCGCAAUGGCUCCCGCUUCUACGUCGCCGAUGUCUUUCUUCAGCGCAGUGCCGCACGGUGCCGGCUCUCGGAAAGUGUAUACAGGGCCUCACCGGCUUCUCAACUGUCGCCACUGGCGAUGCGUGACUUUAUCAUGGCCGAGCGCGAGCCGGACUUUGUGGUAGAGCGUCGGUUUUCCGAGUUUCGUUGGCUUCGCGACGGUGUUGUGGCGCUGAUAAGGGCGAACGGAGGACAUGUGAGCAUGUGCGUGGACUGCCAGGAGCUCGUGCAGGUUGCGAUCGCUUCGAAGCAUCAGUACUGGACGGUACGGCGACUGUUUGGCAGUAAACAGCAGCGAUUCGCGCUGUUGUCUGCCUUUGUCAACGACCUACUGGUCCUUACGACUAGUGCGGCCCGAGGAAGCCUGACAAGUAUCGUGGCUGAGAGCUGCAUAGUGCGAGAGGGGGUGGCAGUGAUGUUGCAUGAGUUUCUCAAGCGUAGUUUUCAGCCGUCGCUUGGCAUUAUCUAG